AUGGACUAUUCCAACGAGAAGGACGAGACGCACCAUGUCGACUACAAUGACAUGUCGAAAGGAUCCGUGGUUCAGGAGGCAAACGUCGCCUCGGUGGCAUUGACGCAGGCCAUUGAACAGCAGAAGCCGUCUCUUUGGAGCAAGAGCAUGAUCAAACUCUACAUGAUAAUGGGUAUUGGCUAUCUUGUGUCCACCAUGAACGGAUUCGAUUCGUCUCUCAUGGGUGCUAUUAAUGCUAUGGACGCGUACCAGAAAACAUUCGGUCUGACCGGAGCUGGAAGCUCUGCGGGAAUCAUCUUCAUCAUCUACAAUCUAGGGCAGAUAGCUGCCUUUCCAUUCUGCGGGUUCUUCGCCGACGGCUAUGGGAGAAGGAAGUGCAUCUUUGUGGGUUGCUUCCUCGUGAUCGUUGGAACUGCAGUACAGACUACUUCAAACACCACGGGUCAUUUCAUUGCGGGUAGAUUCGUCCUUGGCUUUGGUGCAGCGAUCGCAUCGGCAGCCGGUCCUGCGUACACAGUGGAGCUUGCACACCCGGCGUACAGAGGCACAAUGGCCGGAUUCUACAACAACUUCUGGUGGUUGGGCAACAUUCUCGCCGGAUGGACCACCUACGGAACUGAGUUGCACUUCCCUGGAUCCUCUUGGGCAUGGCGAACACCAACGGCAGUUCAGUGUGCUAUGCCAGCCGUUGUCAUGUGUUUCAUUUUGUUCUUCCCGGAAAGUCCCAGAUGGCUAUUGAUGAAGGACCGCCGAGAGGAGGCUAUUGCAGUCAUGGCCAAGUACCACGGAGAGGGCGACGAGAACUCACCUCUUGUCACGCUCCAGCUCCACGAGAUUGAGGCCGACAUGUCUGUCACACGAAACGACAACCCCUGGUGGGACUUCAGGGAGCUUGGAAACACGCCAGCAGCGCGAUACCGUAUCUACAUGGUCAUCGCAAUGGCGUUUUUUGGCCAAUGGUCUGGCAACAAUGUCGUCAGCUACUUUAUGCCACAGAUGGUAGCCAAUGCUGGCAUCACGGACACUUCCACACAGCUCCUCAUCAAUGCCWUUAACCCGAUCUUCUCGAUGCUGGGCGGCAUGUACGGUGCCACACUGCUCGACAAGCUGGGACGGAGAGUCAUGUUGAUGGCAGGUCUUGCAGGCGGUCUGGUCUCGUACUGCCUCUUGACAGCCUUCACAGCAGCGUCAGAGUCCAACCGCGAUCUCUCGUAUGGAACCAUCGUCUCCAUCUAUCUGUUCGGCAUCUGCUUUGCGUGGGGUUGGACUCCGCUCCAAACACUAUACGCCGUCGAGUGUCUCGAGAACCGAACUCGUGCCAAGGGAAGCGGCUUGAACUUCCUCUUCCUCAACGUCGCCAUGGUUGUCAACACCUACGGUAUCAGCGUUGGAAUUGAGAAGAUUGGCUGGAAGCUCUACCUGGUGUUCAUCGGAUGGAUCUGCGUGGAAUUGGUAUUGAUCUACUUCUUCUUCGUUGAGACAAAAGGCAGGACGCUGGAGGAACUCUCGGAGAUCUUUGAGUCGAAGAACCCUCGCAAGGCGUCGACACGGAAGAGGACAGUGGGGAUGGAUGAGCACGGUAAUGUCGUGCAGAUGGAUUGA